AUCAUCGUGGCAUCAACCUGCCCCACACCUCCGCCACCAACUCCAAUAACAACCAUCACGGACCCCACCAACGACACCAAACCCACAACUAUCAACUUUUAUCAUGUUAUUAAGGCUUGUGGUGGGGCUGCUAAUGGGGCUGGCAUUCGCUCAACAAACACAAGACCUCUCCAGCGCGAAAUCCCUUAAAGAAGCAACUGACGACAGUGAGAAGCUCAUCGCCGUACUGACGCCUCUCCUCAGUAAAGCAAUCAGUCUCCUCGAAGGCACCUCACUUGCUACAAGUGGCGGUUAUAAAAAGUAAGGCACUCGUAUUUUAUUACUAGCUGACAACCCUCAAAUAUAUAUACUUUAUAGCAUUAGAUUAAAUGUUAGACGAUGAGUCACAAUAAACAUGCUUGAUUAUGAACUGGCUAAUGAUCCAGGACGGACCAAAACGUCGUCGGCUCUUCAUCUUUUGGUGUGUAGUUUGGUCAUCAUUAGAUGUUAGACCGACCGGCAGAUGCCAAAGAAUAUACAGAACUACACUGUGCCUCCUACUACAGUAUGAUGGGAGGCACAGUGUGGUGGGAAGCACAGUGUGAUGAGUGACACAAUAAUAGUAUAAACAAUUACAAUUCAUAUUAUAGGCACAGAACGGGGUCAAACAGGUACGCUGACGUGGAGGACUCGAAGACAAGCGAGGAGGUCGACGAUCACACUCCCACGGAGGAGGACUCGAAGACAAGCGAGGAGGUCGACGAUCACACUCCCACGGAGGAGGACUCGAAGACAAGCGUGGAGGUCGACGAUCACACUCCCACGGAGGAGGACUCGAAGACAAGCGUGGAGGUCGACGAUCACACUCCCACGGAGGAGGACUCGAAGACAAGCGUGGAGGUCGACGAUCACACUCCCACGGAGGAGUACUCGAAGACAAUCGUGGAGGUCGACAAUCACACUGUCACGGAGGAGUACUCGAAGACAAUCGUGGAGGUCGACAAUCACACUCCCACGGAGGAGGACUCGAAGACAAGCGUGGAGGUCGACGAUCACACUCCCACAGAGGAGGACUCGAAGACAAGCGAGGAGGUCGACGAUCACACUCCCACGGAGGAGGACUCGAAGCCAUGCAUGGAGGUCGACGAUCACACUCCCACGGAGGAGGACUCGAAGCCAUGCGUGGAGGUCGACGAUCACACUCCCACGGAGGAGGACUCGAAGACAAGCGUGGAGGUCGACGAUCACACUCCCACAGAGGAGGACUCGAAGACAAGCGAGGAGGUCGACGAUCACACUCCCACGGAGGAGGACUCGAAGACAAGCGUGGAGGUCGACGAUCACACUCCCACGGAGGAGGACUCGAAGACAAGCGAGGAGGUCGACGAUCACACUCCCACGGAGGAGGACUCGAAGACAAGCGAGGAGGUCGACGAUCACACUCCCACGGAGGAGGACUCGAAGACAAGCGUGGAGGUCGACGAUCACACUCCCACGGAGGAGGACUCGAAGACAAGCGUGGAGGUCGACGAUCACACUCCCACGGAGGAGGACUCGAAGACAAGCGUGGAGGUCGACGAUCACACUGCCACGGAGGAGGAGGACUGUGACAUCUGGUGCAUGAAAAGCGACGGAAAGUUCUACUGCUGCAAAGUCGCCGCCAAAGCAAAUGAGGUGGGUGUUACCUCACACAAUAUCUCUACUCCAACCUGGAGUGAGGCGAGGUGGAUGUUGUCUCACAAGGUUCCUCUGCUUCUACCUGGAACUAUUUUUUUUAUCAGCUGAACCUUCAGUCAUACGAGAGGUAGGAGGAAUCCGAGAUGGAAACAUCUCAGUCAAUACCGUGAAUAUAAUUAUUAAUUUGUUAUCAUUUUGCAGAAGGCUCGAGCUCUAGACAAGUAUCACGUCUCCUACUUCCACUGGUACCUUAUAUAUUAGUCCUCUUCUAUAACAUACAUGCAAAAUAUAAUAUACCUAUGAUUUUGCGAAAGGAAUCAAGGAAUAAUUUUAUCUAAGUUCUGUUUGACUGUUUCAGCA